CAAAUAAUCAGAUCAUUCCUCUCGCCUUUGCAAUGGUUGAGAGUGAAAACAAUGAUAGUUGGCUGUGGUUCCUCACCUUGGUGAGGACACGUGUCGUGGGAAAUAGGGAACAAGUUUGCGUCAUCUCAGACCGCAACAAGGGUCUUCUGCAUGCGUUGGACGUGCUGCAUGAUAGCACAAACUGCUCCAUUGCAUGGCCUGAUGUGGAGAGAAGAUGGUGCAUACGACACUUGGGCGCGAACCUGUACACAAGGUACCGCAACAAGUCGCUUGUAAAGAGAUUCAAAGGGCUAUAUCUUCAGAACCAGCAGGCGAAGUUCAACGAGAUAUGGAGAAAGUUAAAUGAGACCACUCGCAAGAUGAUGGCAGACCAGCAAGCAGGGGAGGAUCAACUGCGGGCGCAAAUGGUUGGGGGCCAAACUAUCGUUAGUCGUUCACGUGGUACAUUUAGCCAGUGGAUAGCGGGGAAGCCGGCGGAGCGUUGGGCCCUUAUCCAUGACACUCAUGGUGCCAGGUACUCCAUCAUGACAACGAACAUAGCGGAGGCGUUCAACAAUGUCCUAAAGGGAGUACGGGGCCUCCCGUUGUGUGCCAUUAUUGAGCUCACAUUCUACAGAACGGCGGACUACUUUUGAGACCGUGGUAAUGCUGCUAUGAAGUGCAGCACACGGUUUGCACCUAAGGUGGAGCAAAUCAUAUUAAGAAGGAGGAGCAAGGCACACUUUCAUCGGUCGAGGAUCUACGACUUGGCCAACAAUGACUUUGAGGUCAUGUGCCACCGUAGGUAUGCUUCAGGGUAUAGCGCCGGGGACACCGUGCAGCAAUGUCAACUUGGACCUAACGAGGUGAAGUGCACAUGCAAUAAGCCAAAACUGCACCAUAUCCCGUGCUCGCAUGUCUUAGCCGCUUGCAGGGACAUAGGUGGCAAUGACGGAUCACAGUACGUAUCACCGUACUUCACUAUCGAUGCAUUGAGGAGCACAUGGCUUCCAAAGAUGCGGUCCUUUAACAUCGGAACCAACUACAAAUCGAUCGAGGGCCCUAAGUGGGUACCUUAUCCACGAGCACG